CACAGUCGACAGAUUAAGGAAAGUGCCGUAGUGCUUCACUGGACACGUAUUCUCUCCGUAGCUCUCUUUCAGGAGAGUUUUUCUGAGGAUUUUGUGCGAGAAUUUGAAGGUUUUAAUCACAUCAUGAAUCGGCGAAACGAUCCCAACCCUUUCGAUGAUGAAGAGCAAGAAGUCAAUCCAUUUUCGAAUGGUGGUAAUGCUCCAGGAUCAAAAUCACGCAUUCCUCAAAUGGUUGCUAAUACUCUUGGUUUUGGUCAGAAACAUGAUGCCACUGUUGAUAUACCACUUGAUUCACUGAAUGACCCCAAGAAAAAACAGAAGGAACUGGCAGCUUGGGAAGCAGAUUUGAAAAGGAGAGAAAGGGACAUCAAGCGCCGAGAAGAUGCUGUUUCUGGAGCUGGUGUCCCCGUCAGUGAUAAGAACUGGCCUCCUUUUUUCCCAAUUAUACACCAUGAUAUAGUCAAUGAAAUACCAGUUGAAUCUCAGAAAAUGCAGUACUUGGCUUUUGCCAGUUGGUUAGGUAUUGUUCUUUGCCUUGUAUAUAAUAUUGUCGCAGUGACUGUUUGUUGGAUAAAGGGUGACGGUGUCAAGAUCUUUCUACUUGCAAUAAUAUAUGCAUUAAUGGGGUGCCCCCUAUCCUAUGUUUUGUGGUACAGGCCCCUUUAUAAUGCAAUGAGGACGAACAGUGCACUCAAAUUUGGUUGGUUUUUCAUGUUCUACUUGCUCCAUAUUGGAUUUUGCAUAUUUGCUGCUAUAGCUCCUCCAAUUAUCUUUCAUGGAAAAUCAUUGACGGGCAUCCUUGCUGCAAUUGACGUCUUCUCUGAUCACGUAUUGGUUGGGAUAUUCUAUCUGGUUGGAUUUGGCUUGUUUUGCUUAGAGGCAUUGCUAAGCUUGUGGGUGCUUCAGAAAGUUUACAUGUAUUUCCGAGGGCAUAACCACAGGUAAUCCAAGCUUUCGGUUCCUGAUAAUGAUAUUGUGUGGAUAUGUGAAGAAACAAUAUAUCAAGGUGCCUCAGUAUAGUCUGGUCUUAUCUGAUGUAUUUGAUUGAGUUAUACCUACAGUCUUGUGUUUGUUGGCAGCAUAUUUUGUAUAAAAGUUGUCAAUGGUUUUAAUGUUAUGACCAGUACAAUAUAUAGUUCAACCCUUCUUCCUUACUAAUGCAAUUUUGUGGCUAU